AUGAUCAUCUUGCAAUAUCUUACCGCCGCCCUGACGAUCAAUUGGGUCCCUACCACUCUUGGUAGCACCAUUAGAGAAAGCUUCCAAAAGCCACUUCCCCUCGAAGACCCCAGAUGUGGGGGAACAGGCCUAGCAGACCCUGAUGGAAACUGCAAUGGCGACGGUGUCAUUCGCGAGCCCAGUCCCCAUGAGCGUGAAGGAUUCCGCUUCGAGAAUCCCUCGACCAAUUGUGAAUAUGUCUCUCAGAUGCAUAUUUGGGAUUCGUUCAAAGAUCUAGAGAAGGAUAUGAGCAAGUUGUUCACACUGAUCAAUAAGGAUGUCAGUUUCACGGUUGUCGGCCACCAUCCAAUCGCUGGACAUUAUCACGAUCUACUACAUUUUUAUGUCAAUGCCCUGCGCCGUGUAAGCGUGUUGUUCCUGGACCAUGCCGAUAAAUUUGAGAUUCAUCCGCAGGCCAUUCAUGCAGGAUGCAAUAGUCGGUGGUCGGUACAGGAAGUAAAUUUCAAGGGCAUUAUGAAUUCUGGAGAAGCAUUCGACAUUGUCAAUGUCUGGGUGACUCGCUGGAAUGCCCGGACGAAGCAAAUGGUCGAGAUCCGAACCUAUAUCGAUGCACCACGCAUUAUGGAUGCAUUACACAAGAACGAGCUGUGGUGGAACGGUACUACUUUCCGUGACAACCUACAGUACAUGCCAGGCCCAGCAGGAAUGCCCGAUCUAAAGCAACUGGAGGGUCUGAUGGGAUACCCGGAUGGACGGAAGUAUGAUAAUUAA